CCUUCUGGAAGAUUAGGAGGGCAGUAAGAUAAUGCAGCCACCUCCAGCCUGAUAUUUGAGCCCUGCUUUCUGCACGGUCAAGCCUUUUGGAGGCAGCCGGCGUAUGGCUUGUAUCAAACUCUAUAUUUAGGAAGAACAACUGUGAGCUAUGACAGGAAUUCUCUUUAACACUUAGCCUUAAAUCGAGUUCCCCUCCAGCCCCAAGCCAGGAGCAGCUCUCGGUACUGGAGAGGCACAGAGCACUAGAGCUAUUUCAGCUACAUGAAAAGCAUUGGAUUUGAGACCACAGCUCAGAGGACACUGGGAGUUCCUUCUACCCUCCAAGGAGCUUUGUGUUUUUGCACCUGGCUGCCUGGAAUUUUCCUCAGGCAGUAAACAAAUACAGAGAACAGGGAUAAGACAUUGUGAGUAUGUCAAAACAACCAGUUUCCAACGUCAGAGCCAUCCAGGCAAAUAUCAAUAUUCCAAUGGGAGCCUUUCGGCCAGGAGCUGGGCAACCUCCCAGAAGGAAAGAGUGUAUUACUGAAACAGAGGAGGGGGCACCUCCAUCCCCUGAGGAAGAGAAGAAGCCAAUUCCAGGAGCGAAGAAACUCCCAGGACCUGCAGUCAACCUGUCUGAGAUCCAGAAUAUUAAAAGUGAACUGAAAUAUGUCCCCAAAGCUGAACAGUAGUUGGAAGAAAAAGAAAAGGCUUGGUGUGAAGAAUUAAAGCAGAAGAGGAUGGAUUGAAAUGAAUAUAGCUCACUAAAACUUUUAUAUAUUUGUAUGAAGAUUAUGAACCUCCUGAAUGCCUAGACUGUAGCAGAAAUAUCCUGUUUGUACAUUUAUAUUUCUUCCUUCUAGUUGGCUACAUUUCUCACUUUGGCUAUAUUUUUGGCAUCUUUCAGAGAAAAUCAGCCUAUGAAUUCACCACCUGGGGGUGUGGUUAAGGAGAGAUGUGACUUUAUGGAGGGAUUUUAGCAAUGUGCUUACAGUGAUUUUGAUGUUAAGUUCUUUAAAUUACUUCCUACAGUCUUUUGGUCAAAAUUUGGGAUGUAUUUUAGUUCUUCACCUUUUAAAUCAUGUCAAUUAACUUUUUAUGAGUUCAAAUAAAUAUUUGAGCAAGUGAAAAA